UGUCCAGUCGAGGCCGGGCAGCGGGCACCAGCGGACCUAACAGCAGACCCACGCGUGGUGCCGGAGGUGCAGCCUCUGCUCCUCGUCCUCGAGCCCUGUCAGCGGAACUGCUCGCUGCCGCCAUCAUGUCUGCUACAAAUUCUGAGACUCCAAAGUCAGCCAUCUCCAGAGAGGCCAGCACCCAGUCCUCAUCAUCUACGACCAGCCAAGGCUAUGUUUUACCUGAAGGCAAAAUCAUGCCAAACACCGUUUUUGUUGGUGGAAUUGAUGUUAGGAUGGAUGAAGCUGAAAUUAGAAGUUUCUUUGCUAGAUAUGGUUCAGUAAAAGAAGUGAAGAUAAUCACGGAUCGAACUGGUGUAUCCAAAGGCUAUGGAUUUGUUUCAUUUUAUAAUGAUGUGGAUGUGCAGAAGAUAGUAGAAUCACAGAUAAAUUUCCAUGGUAAAAAGCUGAAACUGGGCCCUGCAAUCAGGAAGCAAAAUUUAUGUGCUUAUCAUGUGCAGCCACGUCCUUUGGUUUUUAAUCCUCCUCCUCCACCACAGUUUCAGAGUGUCUGGAGUAAUCCAAAUGCUGAAACUUACAUGCAGCCUUCAACCAUGAUGAAUCCUAUAACUCAGUAUGUUCAGGCAUAUCCUCCUUAUCCAACUUCACCAGUUCAGGUCAUCACCGGAUAUCAGCUGCCUGUUUAUAAUUAUCAGAUGCCACCACAAUGGUCUACUGGGGAACAAAGGAGUUAUGUUAUACCUCCGGUUUAUGCAGCUGUUAACUACCACUGUAAUGAAGUUGAUUCAGGAGCUGAAAUUUUGACAAGCGAAUGCUCGGUUCAUGAAGCUACUCUUCCAUCCUCUGGAAAUGGCCCACAAAAGAAAUCUGUGGAUCGAAGCAUACAGACGGUGGUAUCUUGUCUGUUUAAUCCAGAGAACAGACUGAGAAACUCUGUUGUUACUCAAGAUGACUACUUCAAGGAUAAAAGAGUGCAUCAUUUUAGAAGAAGUCGGGCAGUGCUUAAAUCUGUUUGAUCCUCUCUUCUAACUUUCUAGUCUCGUGGGAAGUUGCUGGUUUUGAAUACUAAGAAGAGACUGAAAGUUUUUCACUAUUAUAGAAAUUUAAUUCUGAGUAUUGAUAAAUCACAUUAAGACUAUACAAGCUGUAUUAGAUUGCCUAGUUUUAUUUUACAUUGAAACUGUUUUUCAUUAGAUGUUUAGAAAUUUGGUUCUGUGUUAAAUACAUAGUUGAAAGUAAAAAAUAAUUGAGACUGAAAGGAACAACUUUUAAGAUUUAUCUGUAAGGGUGUUUUUUUUAAAGAAUUGAAAUUGACAUUUUAACAGUUUAAAAGUAAAUGCUGAUUUUCAAAAAAUUGUCUUAGCCAACCUACUAUUUUGAAAGGUCAGAAUUUUGAUAGUUUGAAUACAAGUGUUUCACUUCUCUAGCAAGUACCUGUGAGUAGUACAGUAUUUACAAUUUUGUGCUUUACAUUUAUGAUUUGUCUAGAAAUUAACUGCAAAAGCAUAGUUUUUAAAACUGCAUUUUUAAUCAGUGGAACUCAUUAUAUAGUUAGCUUUAUUGAAGUCUUCCUUAUCUAAACCCAGUAAAACCAAUUCUAA